AUGGUGCUAAAUGUUGAGAUAAUCUCCAAAGAGAUGGUUAAACCAUCGUCCCCAACACCCCAUCACCUUAAACAUCACAAACUAUCCUUCUUAGACCAAUUUCAACCACCGGUUUACAUUCCCUUCAUUUUCUUCUAUUCUUAUGAUCAGUUGGGCUACGAUGGUCGAGUCCAAAAACAUCAAGCACUGAAACAAUCUUUAUCAGACACCUUAACCCUGUUUUACCCAUUAGCAGGGCGGGUCAAAGGCAACGUUGUCGUUGAUUGUAACGACAACGGAGUUGAGUAUGUUGAGGCUCAAGUCCGAGCUCAGCUCUCACAAGUCAUUGAAAAUCCCAAUCCUGAAGAACUAGAACAGUACCUCUCCGUAGAACCCUGGAUUCUCAUUGUAAGUGAGAUACUCCUAUCCAUCCAAAUCACCUUUUUUGACUGUGGCGGGAUGGCCAUCGGUGUGUGCAUGUCUCACAAGUUAGGAGAUGGAUUGUCGUUGGUCUCAUUCAUCAAUUCAUGGGCCGCCAAGUCUCGUGGGGAUCAUAGCAAAAUUCUUGGUCCUAUUUUUGAUGCGGCACUCCACUUCCCACCUAGAGAUUCCUUAGAGUAUACACCAACUGCGGCUAUCACCAAACAAGACAAGAUUGUGACAAGAAGGUUUGUGUUUGAUAAAUCAAAGAUAGCAGCACUCAAGGAAGCUGCCUCCUCCUCACAAGUGAAGAACCCUAGCCGUGUAGAGGUCGUCUCGGCUUUCAUCUGGAGGCAUUUCAUGGAGGUGGUGACACAGUCACAGGCCAAGCUUAAAGUGGAUACCCAAAAGAUUUUUCUACUAAUCCAUAUGGUGAAUUUGAGACCCAAGCCGAGUCCACCCCUACCAGAUCAUGCGUUUGGAAACAUUUGUUGGUUUACGCCUCCAAUGUUGAAGCUCGAGAGUCCCAAAGAUCAUCAUGAUCUGGUUAGCCAGUUGAGGGGCAAGAUAAGGGAAAUCAACAGUGACUAUGUGAAAAAAAUACAAACUGGAGAGGAGUACUUAAAACUUCUCAAUAGAUCCAACGAAAACCAGUCAACAACAGUAGACACAGAGACCUUUAUUUUCAGCAGUCGUUGUGGGUUUCCUCUAUAUGAGGUGGACUAUGGGUGGGGCAAGCCUGUUUGGGUUUGCCCUCCCGCCAGUCCAACAAAGAAUAGGGUGACCUUAAUGAGUACCAGAUCCGGGGAUGGAAUAGAAGCAUGGGUAACCAUGCUUGAAGAAGACAUGGUUAUGUUCGAAAACAAUCACGAGAUUCUUUCACUUGUCCCAACCCUAUCAGUGCCUCAAAAUCCUAUUGUGGAUUAA